CAGUCACUGGGCUCUGCUAUGAUUUUCUUUGAGGAUGCGCUGGGGCAGUGGGCACGGCACAGAGCCUGCCUAUUGGGAAUCAGAAUUCCCCCUCGUCCUCUCCCCGCCCUUCCUGAUUAAGAGCCCCUCCCCAGCUUUCCUGGAGCUCCUUUUGGUCCUGGAAGCUGCUCUAAAGGUCUCCUUGGAGCCUUCUCUGAACAACCCCAACUCUCUCAGCCUGGCCUUGUACUGGAGGUUCUCCAGCCCUCGGAUCAUCUCCGUGGCCUGUUCUGGACUUGCUCCAACGGAUCCACAUCUCCUGUUUCUUCUGCCAUUGUGUCAGGUGGGGAAACACAGAUUUGUACUUAAUCCAGUUUGAGAAGAAAAAUAUCUGACAUGUAAAUCAUAGAAUCCUGGAAUGGUUUGGGUUAGAAGGGACCCCAAAGCUCAUCCAGUUCCACCCCCUGCCAUGGGCAGGGACACCUUCCACUGGAUCAAGGGCUCCAAGCCCCAUCCAACCUGGCCUUGAACACCUCCAGGGAUGGGGCAGUCACCACUGCUCUGGGCAACCUGGGCCAGGGCCUCCCCACCCUCACAGGAAAACAUUUCUCCCUAAGAUCUCAUCUCAAUCUCUCCUCUUUUAGCUGAAAACAAUUCCCCCUCAUCCUCUCCCUGCCAUCCCUGAUCCAGAGCCCCUCCCCAGCAGGGAUUUAGGGUCUAUUUUCCAGCCACUGCCUCACAUAGGACCCCUCUCCAGGGUCAGGGCAGUGCCAGGUCGGCAGCUUCCAUCCUUCCUGGCACGUUGGCACUUGUGAAGCUGCUCCUGUUGGAGAGCUCUUGGCUCCCUCUCCAUUCUCCCAGAUGUUGGCUGAGCAAAUAACCCUCCUCCCACUGGCAUCCUGGGUGCCAGGAGGAAGCGAAGGGAAUUGCUGCUCCUACAUUGCCCCUGGCUCUUGCCUUUCUUGGUUGCAUUGCCUCCGCCGUGCCGUAGGCUUUGAGGGUUUGAGGAGCAGCCUUGGUCUUUCCAGCUCUGCCUGGUGCUCCUGGCUCUAUCCUGGGGCUCAGCACCCUGAGCCAGGUGGCAGGGGCAUGGCCUGCUCCCUACUUGGCAACCUGGCUCCCCGCUGUGGUUGCCACAUCUGGCUUCUCUACUUGGGCUAGCAUUUUGCCGUUGAGUUUCCUUCAACGCGUGUCAUCCGUUUGCCAUCUCCCUCUCCGGAAGCGGCCAGGGUGCAACUGGGAAAGGGAUGCUCCGUCUCUCCCACCAUUUUCCUGGGUGUUUCCACCCAACAGUUGAGAGCCACCGGCAACCAACCUUGGGCUCCCAACUCCUUGGCAUGGGCAAGGGGCACAGCUCCGCUCUGGGAUGACAACUCCGACCAAGAGCAUCGCUGGGCUUGGCUGCGCAUUCCCGGCUGGCAUCGCUGCGCUGAGCAAACAGGAAACACUUGCCCUUUGUUAAUGCUGUCCCGGGCUGCACGUUAAAUAUUUAUCUGCCAGUGGAGGCCGGUGCUGGGAGCCGGGCGCAGCGAGAGGGAGGCAAGGCCGGUGCCCGCUCACCCAGGACGGCGCAUGGGGCUGCAGAGUUUGCGCUGUGCAUUUUUCUUCCCUGCUGCUUGCUGCUCUGUCCUGCUCGCUGCGGGGCUCCCUGAGCCCCCAGCCCCACGGAGAAGAGCACGGGCAGCCCUGGGGCAUCAUCCCGGCUCCCCCUGGCCAUGGCAAACCAGCUCCUGUCCCCCGACUCCAGCCAGGUGCUAGGCACAGAGAACAUCCCCUCCUUCCACCCAUGGCAUGCAGCGAAGUGGGUGCCCAUCAUCCACCACCGGGGCUCCAACACACUGAAUUUCGACUUCCACCACCCAGCCACCCACAGCACAGCUGAGCACGAGCGAGCAGCCCCCAGAAGCUCAGCCAACGAGUGGUACCAGACCUGGCCGGGCAAGGAGGCGAAGGCACCCAGCGUCUCGGCACCCACCAGCCCCACAUGUGGCCCCGGGGCCAACUCCGCUUGCCCGCAACUACCAGGCUGGUCGGCCACUUGGACCAAGGACAGCAAGCGUCGCGAGAAGCGCUGGGUGAAGUACGAUGGCAUUGGGCCAGUGGAUGAGACGGGGAUGCCCAUCGCCUCACGCUCGAGCGUCAACCGUCCCCGCGACUGGUAUCGCAGCAUGUUUCGCCAGAUCCACUGCAAGCUGCCAGAGCCUGACUGGGACCCCCAUCCCUGCCCCAUGCCAGAGCUCAGCCCCUUGCCCACUGCGGCACCUCUGUGUGCCCAAGAACCAUGGAGAAAGCCACCAACAACCAAGCCCUCCGGCAUUCCCAAUGGGCUGGAUUGGACCAGCUGGGGUGACACCGGUGACAUCACAGAGCCUGGCAGCAUUUUUGACUACGAACCGGGGCAAUCCUCUGUGCUGGAGCAGCCGCAGCAGCCCCUGGCAGCGACACCACCGGCGCGGGCUCAGCCCAUCGAGGUGCUGCUGGAGCAGGAGCUGGAGCAGCUCAGCGAGGAGCUGGACAAGGACAUGAAGGCCAUGGAGAUGCGGCAGCAUCCCUGCAAGGUACCUAAACCUGAGCCCGGCAGCUGCUCCCGGCUCUCGCUCCUCUGUUCCGGCCUCUCUGGCGGCUCGCUGUGCGGGGAACGCCAUGUCCCGGGCUUUGGCUCAGCCCCAGGGGAGGUGGCUGUGGUUGGAUUCCCAUCACCGGCACCCCAGGAUACCCUCCGGGGCUCUGUGCCCCUCAGAAUACAAAUCAACAAGCGCUUCCAUUCCUGUAGGAUCUACCCAAACACCCUCUACAGGAGGAACCCAGCACCCUGGUCUUGGUCACCCCACAGGACGCCACUGUCCCCCCGCUGCCUGCAGAGCCCCCCCGGCACUCACCACCUGCCUGCUGUCCCCACCAUGGAGCGAGGUGGGCUGGGCAGCGACCAGAGCUGUGCAAUCCCUGGCAGAGACACUCUCAGGCCAGAGACCCUCCCCAGCCUCUCCGACAUGGGUGGCCCCGCAGAGGCCAUCAGGAGAGAGGAGAAGAAGAUGAAAGCUGCUCGCCUCAAGUUUGACUUCCAAGCUGAGUCACCCAAGGAGCUGAUGCUGCAGAAGGGGGACAUUGUCUACAUCCAUAAGGAGGUGGACAGGAACUGGCUGGAGGGCGAGCACCACGGCCGUGUGGGAAUCUUCCCCUCCAACUAUGUGGAGAUCCUGCCCUCCACGGAGGUGCCCAAGCCCAUCAAAGCACCAACCAUCCAAGUGUUGGAGUACGGCGAGGCCCUGGCGCUCUACAACUUCCUAGGGGAACUGCCUGUUGAGCUCUCCUUCCGCAAGGGCGAGCGGGUCUGCCUGGUGAGGCGGGUGGACCAGAACUGGUACGAGGGGCGCAUCUCCGGCACCAGCCGUCAGGGCAUCUUCCCCACCACCUACGUGCAGGUCUUGAAGGAGCCACGGGUGAAAGCCACCACUGAGGAUUUCCCUCCCUCACCUGCCUCCUCCAGCCCCCGGCUCCCCGCUGGUUCUCCAUCCCUGCAGCAUUCACCUGGUCCUCAGGGCCCCCCAGUUUCUGCUGGCUCCCCUCGGCCAGCGGAGUGGGGGCUUGGCGAGGCCGGUGAUUGUCCACCCUCCCACUGUCACCUCUCCUUCAGCUCCUCCCGCAAACUGCCCCACACCAGUGCCCCUCACCCCUCUCCGGCCCCUGCUGCCCCCUCACACCCUGUGGCCACCCAACCCCAGGAGCCCUGGUACCCAUCCUGGCCCCCCGAGAAGAGCGCAGCUCCAGGGGUGCCCACCAGCGCCCGCCCCGUGCCCGUCACAUCCUUCAACAGCUCCGAAGUCCAGUGGACCAUGUACCGCGCGGUGUACCAGUACCAGCCUCAAAAUGCCGAUGAGCUGGAGCUGCUGGAGGGCGACCGGGUGGAUGUGAUGCAGCAGUGCGAUGACGGCUGGUUCGUGGGCAUCUCCAGGCGGACGCAGAAGUUCGGCACCUUCCCCGGCAAUUACGUGGCACCGGUGUGACCCACGGUGUGGAGAAGAGGAGCCUGGGGGGCGCCGUGGGGCUGGGGGCUCCCCGAUGUCCAGCCUCGGCCACCCUGCAUCCCUGCUGCAUCCUCCCAUGGGGAAAAAAUGCCACUACUUCCCUCCUGCCCCUAUGGGGCUGCCAAUAACCAGGACUGAUCCCCUCGCUCCCAGUGCCUUAACCCACCCCCUGCCCAGUGCCGUAUUGCCCACUGCCCCAGUGGCCGUGCUCGGGGGUCCUGCCCGGUGCUGUAUCACCCACUGCCUCAAUAGGGGUCCUGGCUGGUGCCAGGGGUCUUGGCAGGUGCUGGGCCUGACUGUGAUGGCUCAGACCUGAGAUGCUGGUCCAGGACCGUGCCACGCUCCUGGGAGUUGCGUCUGCUUCGUGUCCAUCAUUAAAGCUCAGCUUUCAUGCUGUGUGAGGCAGAGAUGCUGUGGGC